CUCCACACUUGCUUACCCGCCAUCAUUACAUUUAUUCCAUCUGUUUGUCGACAGAACCCUUUCUUAUCCUUCUGGAAAUCCUACGGCUGGCACCCUUCCUGUCAUUCUUCCCUGUUUGGAAGUGAUGCGUGUGUGUGUGUGUCACUAACAUUUAGCCAUCUGUUUCUAUUUAACUGGUUUGUCCCGUUCUCUGAAACUCUUACUUCAAUUUCUGCGACACGAGAUCCUUCUCAUUUCCCUAACCCAAUUUCCUACCCGACUUGCGCUGUCAUCUUCAAGUCUGUCGGCGAUUCAUGAAAGACGCAAGAUGUCGACCACAACGACCACUGCCGCCCUCACAUCGACCACGCUGGUCGGCAUGCUUCCCACAAUAAACGCGACGGGUUUAAUUCCCGGAAAGAACUGUCCAACCUGUGGCCAGGAGACGACUCUAGUACAAGAGCACGCCGCUGACCAGAGGAGGAUCAAGGAAUUGGAGCGGCAGAUUAGCUUUUUGAGUGUCCAGGCUGCCCAAACAGCCGAGAAAGUCGCCGAGUAUGAGCACGAUCAUCUCCGGACCCAGGCCUCCACAUAUACUUCGCGAAAUGGCUCCUCUAUAUCAUCUACGUCCUCAAACGAAAUAAACCGACCCCUAUCACCUCCUUCUAAUUCGCAAGGUCGUCUAUCGACUCUCACAUCCUUUCUCCAUUCUCGUGGACCCAGCAACACAUCCCCGACCCAAACACCCGCGCAACCCGUCUCCCAGCCUCCGUCGCGGCAACCCAGCCCAGACCACACAGCCGAGCUGCAAAAUGCGCUAGAUCGCGAACAGAGCCUGCGACGAGCAGCGGAGUCACAAUUAUCGCAGGCCAGUUCCGAGCUGGAGGAGCUAACCGCGCAAUUAUUCAGCCAGGCCAACGAGAUGGUGGCCCAAGAACGCAAGGCCCGUGCGCGGCUCGAGGAGCGAGUAGCGGUGUUAGAACGUCGGGACGUCGAGAAAAGGGCCCGUCUGGAGCGACUCGAGAAGGCGAUGGAAAGGGUUGAGCGCAUUCGGGCACUCGUUGGUGAGUGAUUUGCGCUGGACAGGAGUCUACCACAUCCUUCAUUUUUUCUCCCAUUUUUUUCACCUUAAUUUUCUUUUGCUUGGUUGGUUAUACCUAUACCCUGGUGUUUACAGCGACUGCCCCUCGUGGUUUUGGAAUUUGGCAUGAGACAUGACUCGAUGUUUUUCGGGUUCAUUGCCCAUGAAGGUUAUGAUCAGCAUCUAUGGCGUUGGGCACUUAAUUUUGGUUUUCUUUUAGCUUAGUGGGCAGUCGUGGGGCGUUUUUUCACGUAUGUAUAUGUCCAUAUUGUCUAUAUCGAUGUACAUGGCGACGAUAUAUAUUCGUGUUUCUGUGCAGAUAUACAACGAUCAGAAUGUCUCUACUAGUUCACAUACAUAACAUUUUCACAUA